UCACGGGCGCCCAUCUUUGGGGCAUAAAUUGUCUUCGUGUCCAUUUUAAAUUGUGAGAAUAUUGACGGUGGUAGGGGCUCGAACUCGAGACCUCCCGCCAAACCUGAGCUCUGAUACCAUGUAGAGAACCAUUCCCUCUAAAACUUUAAGGUGUUAGAGGAGGCCUCUUUAUGGAUCUUAUACUUAUAUUUAACACAGUUUAAAAUUAAAACAUUACAUACUCUUCUUAGCUUGGUUUUGACUUUGAUUUUGAAUAAUUUUUGUCUUCUAUGAUUUUCCAUUACCCUUACAUAUUGUUUUUAUACUGAGCUGUUCGAGAGUUUUGCGUUCCAGACGUUGAUAUUUUUUUUAGGAGACAUUUGACAUCGAUUUCAGGGCACUUUGCUAUUACUGUCUCGUGACAAUCAUAUCUCCAGAGUUCUGGUAAGAUGGUUCCUAGCAGAACUUGGAUUGAUAGGUGAUUUUGUUUCCUUUUUUCUUUUCUUUUUUCAUUUCUUAAAUUAUUUUAAAGUGUGUUUUCGACAGUAGUUGAAUUUCAUUUUCUUCUGCUGUGAACAUGUAUUAUAUUGACCGUUAUGUGUAUAUUAAUUAGAAUCUUAUUAGUUUAAAGUUCUUAAAAUAUGAUCAAAACUUAUAUGUUAAAAUACUCAUACAAAUACGGUAACAUACAACUAAGUAUCAAAUUAUCCUUAAAUAUGAAUCAAUAGCGUUAUUAAUUUACUAGAAUUUUAUUUGAUAAUUUUAUUUGAUUGGAAAAUUUAAAUUAAACCUGUAUUUCACACACAGAAAGCUUUUAUAAGAGCAAGUCCAAUAGGUUACCUAAAUUUGCUCAUAAACUCACAUUUAGGUAAUGUAUUAAAAAAAAAGCACUUCAACACUCUCCCAGUGGUUACUUAAAUCACUAGCACAACCUCAAAUCUCCUGGUCUUUCCUAUUCAUAAGUAAGUCAUUACUUAUUUAAUAUUUAUCAAUAAAAUAAUCAUCUCUCUCUUCCUUUCUUUGUCUUUUCCCCCUUUCCCUUCUCUCUCCCAAAUUUAUUAUUAAAAUAAUUUUUGGAGAACAAUAUAGGGAUUGCUAUUAGAAUUGACACUAAAUAUAAAUUACUUAAAUCACUAAAACUCACUGAAAUUCAUUAUUUUAUAUUAUUAAUAAGUAAUGAGAAAGGUUACCUAUUGGACUUACUCUAAAUCACUAAAAAUCACUAAAGAUUCAUUAUUUUAUAUUAUUAAUAAGUAACGAGAUUGGUAACCUAAUGGACUUGCUCUGGACCUGCUCUAGGAGAUUACAAGAUACAAGUUUUUUUUUUUUUUUUGAAUAUGAGAAUAAAUCUCAACGAGAAUCGGCAAUUCACCGUGAUAAUUCUUUCAUUCAAGAAAGCUUAUUAUCUAACCGUCGGACAUGCAAGAUGACCGGGGAAAUUUAGACAAUAAAACUUUAAUGUCUGAAAAGAAAAACCGGUCUUUUUCCAAGAAUCCUGAAAAUAAAACAAGAGAAACAAGAAGAAUAUAAGUCGAUUUAACAGAUUAUAUCAAAAUAUUCCCACAAUCAUGAUAACUCAUGAUUGAGACAAUUAAGUUCUUAAUUAAGGCAUAAUAAUAAAAUAUUAAUGUCCUUAAUUAAGACAAAAUUAAGGCCCUCAAAUAAGGCACAAUUUACGCCCAAGAGGCACAAUUUACGCCCUCAAUUAGGAAGCACAAUUUAUGCCCUCAAUUAAGGCACAAUUAGCGCUUUCCUUUCUGAAACCAGAUCCCGUCCCGAAACCACCGUCACCGCCACCAUCGGCCACCACCGCUAUGCUAUCGAUCAAAUUGCCUCGUCGUAUGCGAAGCGAAACAACGAAGCGUCUCAUUUGUAACACGAAAAAUCGCCAAAAACAUCAAAAACCAAACAAAACACAAGGAUUAAACAACACAAACAAAUACCCACAAACAAACAAGAUUAAAACCAAACACCUUUUCACAAUUCCACUCAACUAAAUCAGAAAAUGAAAGUAACAAAUUAAAAAAACGAAGAGAUACCUGAAAAACAUAAUUGCAAUAGCAAGUAUUGCCAAAAUUCUCAAGACAAAAUAACGUUUGUCUUAAAGCCUGCCCCAAAAAUAAUACAAAGAAAUACCCCAAAAAAAACACACUCGCAUAUUACCUUGAAAGAGAUGGGAGCAAGUCUUGGAUGGAGAGGAGAGUGAGAUGAAGCCUCUAGGAGGUGAGUGACACUUGAACAGAGAGAAUAAUUUGUAUAUUACAAGAUACAAGUUUAACCAAAGACGAAGACGAAGAAUAUGCAUACAUGGACUGCCUGCAUUAUUAUUUGUCUUUGAAGACUUGAAGUCGUCCGUGAGAGCAAUGGCCAAGACGUAGUUUGUAUUCCUAAUCUAAUAAAUAGCAAAGCAAAAGCAAUCUCUGGAACAUAACAAGAAAGAUGCUUGGUUUUUCUUUGUAUCUCUUGUUCCUUUUGCUCCCUCUGUUUUUUGCCAUCUCCUCAGCCGUGUUGCCAAACUAUAUUCCUACGGAUAAUAUCCUCCUUAACUGUGGAGCAUCUUCCAAGAUUGCUUCUUCGAAUGGCCGACAAUGGGACACAGAUUCAGCAUACAUCUCAAACACUUCAACAACAAGCUCCACACAAUCUGAACCAACUCCUUCCAUCGACCAAAUCCCUUACUCAACUGCUCGCGUAUUUCCUUCCAAAUUCACCUAUAAAAUCCCUGUCUCCGCAGCUGGUCAGAAAUUUCUCCGCCUCUACUUUUACCCAACAAACUACUCCCAGAGUCUUGACAUGACCAAAUCGUUUUUCUCAGUCCAUACAGCAAACCACUCUCUUCUAUCCAACUUCAGCGUCUCUCUCAACCUCCAGAAGGAUUUACCUCAUCUUGUCAAAGAAUACAUAAUUACCGUCGAUGAAAGUCGUUCACUAGAGGUGACAUUCACCCCUAAUCCGAAAUCAUUUGCUUUUGUCAAUGGCAUUGAAGUUGUUUCCAUACCGGACAAGCUCUACAGUGAAGGAAUUGAUGAUAGCAAACAUGUCAUUAAAUUCUUGGGUGAUCAAGAUGGCUUUCCGAUUGAUGAUUCCAUUGCACUGGAAAAUCUCUACCGGCUAAACGUAGGCGAAACUGGUGACAUUUCCUCAACCGAUGAUACUGGAAUGUUUCGCUCAUGGGACAGAGACGAGCCAUAUUUGCUCGGCUCUCUUGGAUUAACACCAACUCUCAAAAUUCCAAUCAAAUAUACGUCAGACACUCCACCCUACACGGCCCCUGAGAUUGUUUACUACAGUGCCCGGACUAUAAAUUUAGAGAGUUAUGGCUCCAAAUUGACUUGGGUCUUUACAGUGGAUUCUGGGUUUUAUUAUCUACUUAGACUUCAUUUUUGUGAGUUCCUAAGGGAAAUAAUUGACAGUAAUUACCGAGUAUUUUACAUUUUCAUCAACAAUCAGACAGCCGAGGAACAAGCAGAUGUUAUUAAAUGGACGGGCGGAAGAGGAAUUAUGGUGUAUAAAGACUACGUCGCAUAUGUCAGUGACAACCUAGAUGGUAGCAACUCCAAGACAGAUUUGUGGCUUGCAUUGUACCCUAACAUGGAAGAUAAUCCUCACUACAAAAAUGCAAUUUUGAAUGGGCUGGAGAUUUUUAAGUUGAGUAAAGGAGAUACCCUUGCUGCACCCAAUCCCGAAUCACUUGAGCCAGCUCUUCCACCGGAAACAGUAAAAUCUAGACAUGUCCAAAAGAGAGGUCCACUUGUAAGCAUUUGUAUUGGAGGUUCACUCGGGGGACUAAUUCUGUUUUCAUUAAUACUAGUUGGUUUUCUACUACACAAGCGAAGAACACCUAGAUCUCAGGACAUUGAUCACAAGUCAAGAUCAACUACCAAUAAUAUUUCAUCAUUUCCGUCUGUUAGGAGCAAGAAAUUCUCUUUGGAAGAGAUAAAACUAGCUACUGGCAACUUUGAUGACAAUUUUAUCAUUGGAAGAGGAGGCUUUGGUAACGUGUAUAAAGGGUAUUUGGAGAACGGUGUAUGCACAGUCGCGAUCAAGAGGUUGAAUCCAUCAUCACGACAGGGGUUUCACGAGUUCCAAACGGAGAUAAAGAUGCUAUCAAAUUUGCGACACCUUCAUCUUGUGCCCCUGAUCGGAUACAGUAAUGAUGGCGCGGAGAUGAUACUGGUGUAUGAUUAUAUGGUUCAUGGAACCCUCAGUAGUCAUCUUUAUGGCAAAAAUAAUCACCCGUUGUCUUGGAAGCAAAGGCUACAAAUUUGCAUUGGUGCGGCAAAAGGAUUGCAUUAUCUACAUUCAGGUGUUGAACGGAUGAUAAUUCACCGUGAUGUCAAGUCAACAAAUAUUCUGUUGGACGAGAAUAUGGUUGCCAAGGUUUCUGAUUUCGGUUUGUCUAGAGUGGGUCCACGCGACCCGACAGUCACACAUAUUAGCACAAUAGUGAAGGGGAGUUUCGGACAUUUGGAUCCUGAAUAUUACAAAAGGAAGCACAUAACUUGCAAAUCAGAUGUUUAUUCGUUUGGAGUGGUGUUGUUUGAAGUGUUGUGUGCUAGGCCAGCGAUUAUGCCAGAGUUGCCGAUGGAAGAAGUGAAUUUAGCCUACUGGGCUCGAAAUUGUUACAGGGAAGGCAACUUGGUGGAAAUAGUGGAUAAAAAUUUAAUAGGUGAGAUUGCAGUGGAGAGUUUAAACAAGUUUGGAGAAGUAGGAUAUAGUUGUCUCAGAGAACAAGGGACUGAUAGGCCGAGCAUGAGCGAUGUUCUUUGGAACCUCGAAUUUGCAUUGCAGCUUCAAGAGUCUUGGGAGAGGUUGGACCAAGAUGUGCACUCUAAUCUAGGUGAUCAAAAUGUUCAUCUCCUGAGUGAUGCCAGGGACUACAUUGCCAAGAUCUAUCACAAACUCUUCUCAAGCACAAGUAGUGUGACCAGUGGUGCUAGAAGUGGUAGAUUCAAGUCUGGAAUUGGAAGUGUUUUCUCUGAAAUUUUUAACAUGAAAGCACGAUAGAUAGGGUUGGAAGAGCAGGGACUCAUAAAAUUGGUAUUCGGCUUAAGAGGCAGAUGCAACUCUGAGGCCUACCCACAAUAAAGAGUUUUAGUAUUUUUAAGGUAAUUUUGU